AUGACUUAUAACAACCAACCCGUCUUUACAGACUUGGAUCUGCUCGAUGGUUUCAUCAGUGACGACUUGACUCCUUAUGUCUCUGACUCUGCACCGCCAUAUCAAGAUGUGACGCCCAGUUUCAAUACACAACUCGAUCCUACUCAACUAUAUCAACCACAACCCCAAACACAAUCAACCCCAGCAAAAGUCGGAGGGCGUUUCACAAGAGAAUCAGUUCGCAUUUUAAAAAAUUGGCUUGCUACACAUCAAAGUCAUCCAUACCCAAGAGAACCAGAUCGAAAGAUGCUUCAAGAAGAAACAGGACUUACAAAGACUCAAAUCUCCAAUUGGUUAGCCAAUGCACGUCGCAGAGGGAAGAUUCCAUCUAGUGCUUCAUCUCCAGGACACAGCACAAAAGCAAUGGAUAUACCGCCCAGACCCGGUACACCUGCUGUCAGAAACACGUCAGAAAUGGAUCCCCUCCAGAGAUGGGUCGACUCACCGCCUGAAGACGAACCUGCGGCCGUGACAGCCAUUGCUAGAGCUGUAGCUUCAGUAAAACCGUCAUCAGGUUCAACGAGUCCAUAUACGAGACUUUCCCGUACACCUUCAGUCAGAAGUGCUGGAACAUCACGGUCCAGCUCUAUAAGUUCUGUCCAUUCUCAUACUAGCCAAACCUCUUUUGGGCUCAAUGGUCUAUUCAGUCGCGGAUCCUCUCGGCGCAGAAGACGAGCAUACAAGGAAGAACGAAGAUCUUUGGCAACAACACACAAAGCAUUCCAAUGUACAUUUUGCACAGAGACAUUUCGAGCAAAGCACGACUGGCAACGACACGAAAACUCACUACAUUUACCACUCGAGCGAUGGGUCUGCAGUCCCGAAGGACCACGUGGUCAAAAAGAUGACAGCCCUGAAACACGUUGUGUUUUUUGUGGACACGUUGAUCCAGACGAUGCUCACAUCGAAGGGCAUAACUACUCAGCAUGCAAAAACCGACCAGUUCAAGAACGCACGUUUAAUCGAAAAGACCAUUUGAACCAGCAUUUGAAACUCGUUCAUAAUGCCAAAUUCGCAGAGUGGCCCAUGAGACAGUGGAAAGCACCUCCACCAGCAAUUCAAUCACGAUGCGGCUUUUGUAACCUCGUCAUGGAGAAUUGGAGUGAUAGAGUUCAUCAUCUAGCGGAUCAUUUCAAAGCUGGCAAGACUAUGGCUGAUUGGAAGGGUGAUUGGGGAUUUGAACCGCAUAUUCUUGAGCUUGUCGAGAACUCGAUACCUCCUUACUUUAUCGAGACGGAAAGAAAUAGCCCUUUUCCUUUUGAAGGUAGCAGGGCACUUGUCGAAACACCACGGACAGCGUAUGAGUUGCUCAAAUUAGAAUUGGCAUAUUUCAUGCAGAAUCAUUUCUAUCAACACGCAAGGAUGCCAACAACAGACGAAAUGCAACUCGAGGCUUGUCGAAUUCUUUUUGCAUCAGAGCCUUCGUCUGGAGGUUUAGUAUGUUGUUCCUGGUUACGAGAUCUAGUUUUUUCCAACGCGGAAAUAUCUCAACAAGCACAAUUCGGACCUAUGAGAACCAACGCAGAAAGUCGACUCUCAUCAAUGGAAAUCAGCGGCAAGAACAACAUUUUCGAAGGAUGUCCUUUUGAAACACAGCUUCAAGAAUUUGUACAUGCUAAACAGCUCUUGGGGUUAAGUAUAAGGGAUGAUGAAUUGAGAGAAGAGUGUUGUAUGAUUGUAGGGCGUCUUGAAGAAGUCUCUGCAACACCGUCCGACUUUAUCGCCAACUGUUUUAUAAGAUUAAUCCACUCACCAGGCGAUUGGUUACUUCCGUUCCGUCAACGAACAGGUAUUGAAUUAAUCGGUCUUUCAGAAUGUCUCAACCUAAACGCUAUGAUACAAAAUUACACGCGUUUAGAGCAAGAAUUGGGUUCAUAUCUCAACAUGCAACGCGUUAUAGGGUUGGAACCAACCGACGAAGACCUUCGUCAUCAAGCAAGGGUUAUCGUCCAUGGAACGGAUUCACUCCUGAAUCAUACAGCUGCAGAUGACGAUUACUGGCUCGCAGCAUUUAAACAACGACAUUCCACCACCGGCGACACCGCUGAGACAUGGAACACGCCUUUACGACCAGAUCCUCAUAUACUAGCAGCUCGAUCUCUAGUUCUCAAGACAAGUACUGCGUUUUUAAAUGAUCAUAAUUAUUGGAGAUGGUUUACGCAGGAGUUGAGGAGGUGGGUGGCUGCUAUCAUGUCGCCUCAUAAUCCAGCGAGCAGAGUACCUUCAGAUGAAGAGAUUCAACAUUAUGCAAGAUGGAUCAGUUAUAACGAUGAUGAUCCCUUUAAUCAGACUAUUGCGGAGAAUAAGGAUUGGUUGGAGGCGUUUAAAAGGGAUGUUGGUAUUGAUGGGGUUAAACCUACAGGAUGA